CGCGCCGCGUUUCCGCAUACUUUCCAGCAGAUUCACCUGCGCGUGUGCACGCCGAAAUAAAACGCCUAGGUGUUUGUAGCAGCGCGAGCUGUCAUGUUGCCGUAACUACCGCUUCUUAACGCUCAUCUCAGCUCCCAUGACGUGACAGGGACGGAUCGCUCUCUCGGUGCCUGCAGAUUUAACAACAACAACAACAAAAAAUAUAUAUAUUUAUACACACACGCCGUGUGGACACCGUAAUGGCUUGCUGCACGCCACUGGGUCUCGCGCUGCUCACCGCGCUGCUCCUGUGGUCACCGGGUCGCGUGCACGGCUCUCAGGGCGAUAAAGAGCCUGUGUACCUGGAUUGCGUGAAACAGUGCGCGCGCACCAACUGCACCGGCGCCAAGCUGCGCGGUUUCCAGUCUGCCCAGCCGCCUUACAUGGCGCUCACUGGUUGGACGUGUCGGGACGAUUGUCACUAUCAGUGCAUGUGGACCACAGUUGGACUUUACCAGGCCGAGGGCUAUAGAGUGCCUCAGUUCCAUGGCAAGUGGCCGUUUGUGCGCUUCCUGUGUUUCGAGGAGCCGGCAUCAGCUCUGGCGUCACUGCUCAACGGUCUGGCGUGUUUAUUGAUGCUGCUGCGCUACCGCAGCGCUGUCCCACGCCAGUGCCCCAUGUACCACACCGUCACCGCCUUCUCACUGGUGUCACUGAAUGCCUGGUUCUGGUCUACAGUAUUUCACACCAAAGACACUUAUCUAACUGAGAAGAUGGACUAUUUUUGUGCAUCAGCGGUGAUCCUCUACUCCAUCUACCUGUGCUGCGUCAGGACGCUGGGAUUGCGGCGGCCUGGCGUGUCCAGCAUCGUUGGAGUUUUGCUCAUCCUGGCCUUCACCUCUCACGUCUCCUAUCUCACAUUUGUUAGCUUUGACUACGGUUACAACAUGCUCGCCAACGCAACCAUAGGCAUGGUAAACCUGCUGUGGUGGCUCGGUUGGUGCUGGCAGAACCGGAGGACGUUGCUGUACUGGUGGAAGUGUGGCAUUGUGGUGGUGCUGCUGCAUGGCCUGGCGCUGUUCGAGCUACUUGACUUCCCGCCGAUCUACUGGGUGCUGGACGCUCACGCCGCCUGGCACCUUGGCACCGUCCCUGUCCACUUCCUCUUCUACAGUUUCCUUAUAGACGACAGCCUCCACCUCCUCAACACAGAGAAGGCCGGAGUCAAGCUGGAAUAGGAGGAACCUGUUUCACAGCCCCACCCACUUCUCUCCCAUCCCUCCAGUCAGGACCAGUCUGUGAAUUUCGAGUUUACGAAUUGAGUUUACACUUUUUUUAAGCACUCCGCUACGGACAGCUGUGAAGAGAGUUCCUUUUGGUUGCUUUGUUUACGCAUGCUUGAUUUUUGUUUUUCUUUUCUCACCAUCUUUUAUGCCUUUACUGAGUUUUGCCUUGAGUAGGAGAACUUUAUGGACAUGGUUUGUUUAAGUCUGACCCAUAAUUAUUACCAAUUCGUACAGAAAUCUUAAUAAUGGUGUAAAGCAGAGAGGUCAGGAGUGUGCCGCCACUGUCAACUGCCAUUUUUUUCCGUUCGCAUAACUCUCAUCCACAUUUAUCAUAUCAAACAAAUUGCAAAAAAGUAGAGAAGAAGGACACUGAUGUUUGCUAAUAUUUUCAACAUUAAGAUUAACGUUAAAGCAAUACUUGCGCCGCGUACCAUCAUCCAGCAGCAGAAGGAUAUGGUUCUGAAAUCCAUGCCAGUGUUCACCUGCAUCCCAAACCAUAUAGUGCACUAUUAAUACUAUGACAGAAGUGCGACUCUUACCUUAACAUGGUAUGGUGCAAUUUGAUGUAUAAUGUUCCAGCGUAUUCCGCACCUCAUGGCCUGCCAACCUUUACGUGUUUUGAGUAGGAGCUCCACAGUUUAAUGUCAGGGCACUCUGUCUGUAAAAAAAAAAAAAAAAAAAAAGCGAAAAGUUUCCUCAGAUUAAAAAUGAGAUGAUUCUAAUUGACAUGAAUCUGGAUUGAUUGACAGUUCCUUAGAUAGUUUGAAUUUAACGAUAUUAAGUGACAUCUCCCGGAGGCUUUAUAUAUGUAGAAUUGUGAAAGAGUUUUCAAAUGUCCUGUCGUUUGAUUCCUACACUCCCAUGAGCACCCAGCAAGACUAGUACUCUUCAGGAUUGGUAGGUCUGACCGUGUACGGGUUUGACAUUUUGGGAGGCUAGUAUGCAUUUGAUAGCUAAAGACACUUUUUUUUUUUUCUUUGAGAAACUAUUGCAGUGACCUGGUAUAGCAUCACCAACGCUUUUAAAUAUACAGACAAAAAAACUCACAGAAAAUUGCAUUUUAAUCAGAGGCCUUAGCAUGGAUGCUGCUAAGAUGUAGAAUUUUGUAUCAUGGGUUUAUUGUAUGCCUCGUGGUGGAAUACCGCGUGGGCCACCAGCAGAGGGAGCACCAAUGAGUCCAGAACCCAAAAUCAACAUACCGUUUUGUGGUAUAUUUUAGAUGCGAGUUUGUCUCAAUUUUUUGGGUGGGAAAACGUUUGAAUUUUUUCUUGAUGCUAGUCGAAGCACUUUCCAAAAAAAUAAGAAGAAUGUGACCGCAUGUUAAAUUACAUGUAGACACAUGAGAUAAGCAUUUUGCAUUUGAAUGUUUGAACAAAGCAUCCGACUCUCGAUUAAGGGCGUGUGAAGGCCCGUGAUCGUUUCGUGUGCACAUUUACACGUUGCACAAUUACGUACUGAUCAGUAUGAGCACAGUAUUUAGGCGUAAUGAAGGAAAAAGGCCUGUAAUAUUGUGACGUGACUCACAAGUGAUAUGUUGGAGCAGCUGUAAUAUUUGCUUUGCCUUUUUUUUUCUUUUCACUGCUGCUGUGUUUGCCUCGUUUAUAUGGUUUGUCCAUUUAUUUUUUUUAACCAUGAAUUGUAUUUCCUUCUUACAUUUUUAUUUCUUCCACUUCAUGAAGUAAUUUGAAGCAUGUUUCUUCACCUGGAAUGCCUUUAGAGGAAGAAAAGUGGAUGAAUUAGAAUUUGUGUGUGUGUGUGUGUUUUUUUUCCACCUAUGCCUUAUCCCGUCUUGUCCAGUGUACAAUUGUGUCUCACGUCUUCACUGAAACUCUGGUUCCACUGAACGAUGUGAGUGCUUAUUUGCUCGCUGGAGAAUUAACACCGAUGUCAGCGUGUCUUUGUUUCAAAUUGCCACUUGUGCACUUUUGUGUGUGUGUGUGUGUGAGCGAGAGAGAGAGAGGGAGCACGCGAGCAUGUUCAGCUGGCGGGUAAAUAUAGCCUUAGAUAUUUUAGAGUGUCGGGGCUCUGAGUGUGUUCAUAACAGUCACCAUAACAGUCACCAUGAGAACGCUGAAACACUGAACAGGUUUUUGUUUGAUAAAGAUAUUAUCUACACACAUAACGUUUUUCUGUUUCGUCAAAUGGCGUGUUAAGCUGAUGCUAAAGCAAAUGUAUAUCACCCAAAAAUUCAGCUUUUCUAAAGCUUAAAUCCUUUUGUAUUUGCUUAACAUGACACGGUUACACUCUGUAGUGUGACAUUUUAAAAUGAACAAUUGUGUCAAAUGUUAAAUAAAGUACUUUGGGAAGUGGGGCCUUGAGGGUGAUGUGCACUUACAAAAUGGCGUCCUCCAUAAAUAACAUUCCAGUUGAUUUAAGUUAGGUUGUACAUGGCUUUGUCCAAGAUUUGUCAGGAAAAUGUUUUGAGGUUUUCUAGAUGAGCCAGGCUUGAUCCUGUGUUGCUAUAAGUACCUCAGUGCAUCUAGGUAAUGCAGGUCGCUCUGUAAAAAACACAACAAAUACAGAUUAAUUGAAAACUUUGUAAGUUGUGCACUCAGACUUUAGAGCCCUGCGCUAUACAGUAUACACACACACACACACACACACACACACGCACUGUGAUUUAGGUUCAGACGCCGUCAGCAUGACACUUUGAGAUUAAAUUCCUUUUUCUUUUUUUUUCCACCUUGUUUGUCAGUCAUCCCAUAAUACCAUGCUGCAAUAAAUGGCUGAUGGAUAAAAUGAAGGUUAAAAUAAUCAUUGUUUAAUUAAUUUUUAUCCUGCUCUUGGUGACGCAAAUAAUAGUCCCUAAUAGAUCACAAAGAAUUAGAUAUUUUAUUGUACAACCCCCUUUUUUCUACACACCAUAGUGAUUAAUAGUACCAGAUCUGGCUAGUUUUUCUAGCUUGGCCUGUCAAAUGUAUUGAGCUAGCCAAAUUUGUGUUGGUGAAUGUAGCUUUUCCAGAACAUUCUAUAAAUUGUACUCAUUUUUGUUUAGCUGCGAUUUAUUUCUUCUUUUUUUGAUCAAUCCAGACUAUUGAGCAGUGGAAGUUUUUCCUCAGCGAAUUCAGGUAUUUGUACAGAUCUAGACCAAAUCCGGUCGAUCUUAAAUUUAGCUACAGCUAACAAUUCUAGACUAUUAGCACUGGACUAAAUAGAUGUUCACUAUACAUUUAUUUUGUUUUAGCUCUGAUUUAUGUAAUUUCAGCUUAGCUUUUCUCAACUAAUUCAGGCUCACUUGGAUCAGUUUGUUGUAUUUUUAUUGCAUUUAGACUGGUUGAAUAAGCCAAUCUCAGUCUAGCUAACUCUUCUCGGUUGGUUUAGGAGAUCUAGAUACACACUGAGCUUAUUUACUUGAGUUGCCUCUGGACUGAUGAAGAUGUGGAGCAUCGGUAAGGUUUGUCUGUGAAUUUGCGUGAGUAGAAAAAAGGGAUGUUCAAAUGCUGAGUUAUAAUUCAAGUGUCCCAACAAGUCCCUAAACCAGGGAAGAUUAAAGGCACCAUUUUUCUUUCAGGCCAUGUGCAUGUUCGUCCUUUUCUCUCUUGUUUCUUUCAUGCUUCUCCCUUCUCUCUGGUGUGUGCAAAGAAGCUUUAAGAAAGAAAUAAAGUGGUUCUGUAUUAA